CUGUUGUUUCCUGUUCAUGUCCAUACUCAGACAGUAACCUGUGGAUAAAUCUUACUUAGAUCUGGUCGAUGCAGAAUUGUUGAUUGAGAGGGUCGCAGCAACAUUUACUCGUUCGGAUAUUGUUGUCCUAGAGGACACAGUUGAAGUCCAAGGAACUGUUUUGGGCCGAGAUUAAAUUCAACAGGCGCAAAGCUUAUCGAAUCUCCCUCCCCUGACUGUCCUUCAGAAUGUCAGGCCUCAGAGGAGAUAGUGACCUGGAGGCAGACCACUCCAUUGACUGGUCCAUGAUGGACUCUCGUCUGGACUCGUUCCGCGGCUCCACCUUGGCCCAGCAGGUGUCAGUGGAGAGGCUGGCCCGGGCCGGGUUCUACUUUACGGGCCACGCCGACCGGGUCCGCUGCUUCAGCUGCCAGAAGACGGUGGAGAACUGGUGUGGCGGGGACACUCCCGUCGAGAGGCACCUGGAGGUUUCCCCGACCUGCAAGUUCCUGAGCUGUACCUACCGAUACAACGUCCCGGCGCUCACCAACGGCUCCCCCUACAACGAGGAGGCGGAGGACAGGGAGUUCCGCCUGCGGACGGGAGAGGUGGUGGACGAGUCCACGUACCCCAUAGCCCCCCAAAUGAGCAACGAAGACUCCCGCUUGAGGACCUUCGACGCGUGGCGCUCCGAGACCCCGGUGAGGCCACUCGAGUUGGCCCAGGCCGGGUUCUACAGCACCGGGGAGAGCGACAGGGUGCUGUGCUUCUGCUGUGGAGGGAUGCUGUCGGGCUGGGAGGCCGGGGACACGGCCUGGGGGGAGCACUCCAAGUACUUCCCGAACUGCUACUUCAUCCUGGGGCACGACGUGGGGAACGUGCCCUCCCAGGGCGCUGCAGAGGAGGAGGGGGUGAGCAGGGGGCGCCCUGGGCCUUACAUCCCCAUGGAGAGCUUUGAGGAGAGGCUGGGCAGCUUCGCCCACAUCCAGGUCGCCGUCGACCCGGAGAGGCUGGCCAGAGCAGGCUUCUACAGCACAGGAGCUCCAGACAAAGUGUCGUGUUUCCGCUGUGGAGGCGGUCUGAAGGGCUGGCAGCCGGAGGAGGAUCCUUGGGAGGAGCAUGCCAAACAUUACCCUGGGUGCAGCUUCCUGCUGGCGGAGAAAGGACCCGAGUUUGUCAACAAUGUUCAACUACAAUCCCCACAAAGGAACACUGCAUCACGCCAUCACAAUGGAUUUUCAAGUCAUGGCCAGGAUCCCCAGGUGCUGCUGUCCCCCAUGGCCCAGAAGGCCCUGGAGAUGGGCCUGGAGGGUUGCCUGGUGGAGAAAACCAUCCUGGGGCAGAUCCAGAAAACUGGAGAUGGCUAUAGCACCCUGGAGGCCCUGCUACAUGACUGCUUUAAGGGGGCCCCGGACAGCGAAUCACCGGUGUCCAACGAACAAGAAGGUGACGACCCCCUCGAGAAACUACGGAAGCUGCAGAGGGAAAAACAGUGCAAAGUGUGCAUGGACAGAGACACGUGCAUCGUCUUUAUCCCCUGCGGACACCUCGUCACCUGCAAGGAGUGCUCCGAGUCCCUCAGCAAGUGUCCCAUCUGCUGUGGGACCAUCACUCAAAAGAUCAAGACCUACUCCUAAGAAGCCCUGUGACACUUUCAAAACGCUGCUCCUGCACCGAUCUGCACCUAUCGACACUAACGCAGCCUACCGGAGCUGCAGAGUUGUAUGUGCUAACUUGCUAUGUCUCUUAUCUUGUGCUUGGUUUGAAGGUGUUGAUGACGUCAGAGCCAGUUGGUUGAAACACAUACAGUUCUGCAGCCAGGCUUGUCAUUUUAAAACAUAAUAAAUGUAUAUAGAGAUGUAUUAUAUUUCGGAACCCACUGUAUAUAGAAAUUUGAAUAAUGAAUAUUUUGAUUGCAUUUACACAAAUCAUUUGUAAAUACAGAACUGCCUUAUUUGGAAGGCAUACUGGGUGUUGAUGAAUGGGUCUUUACAUGGCAAUGUUCCACCACAGCUCUCGCCAGUUGUGCUUUCUCAUUGCGAUUGUUUGUUGUGUGUUGUUGCCUCAACUUAACGAUCAGAUCAUUUCUGUUUACCAUUCUAACCAUAUCCUCAUAGAUACAAGUUCAUUGAAGCAUUUUUAGAAGGGGAGUAACUAAGUCAGGGUGCAUGUCUUCUACAACAGUGUCACUCCCAGUUGUGGGUAAUUCAUUUCUCACUUGCCUGCUGACAAGUUGGAAUAAUUAUAGAUUUUUUAAAUGUUUUAUGUGCAUUUUCUUCUUUUGUGUUCUACGUGUUCUAAGUAGCUAACUCCACUUAAGAAUGUUUAAAUUGAAUUUGGUGUGCAUCAUCAGACAAUAUGAUUCCUCAUUCCUGAUUCUUUCAUUCCUCAUUUCAAAUUAUGUUCCAGAAAUGCCCCUCUCAUUUGUAAUAUGUUACUUUAUCACUUGCUUUACCAAGUGUGAACAAUAAACAAUCAUGA